AUGGGCCGUGCAAAAGGAUCCGUCGAAUUGAUUUUAGAGAAGGAUCAAAUUGAUGAAGUUCUUACCUACAUCAAGGGGAGCAUCCCUGAGACUGUCAAAGGGGCUAUGGGAGCAGCGCCAGGGCUAACAUUCAAUGAGUAUGCCACCAAAAGCAAGUCCUUGCAAAAGGAACGCAUUUGCGAGCAUGUGUGGGCACUCAAGCCCCUUGCAUUGGUGGCGCCUGCGAUGCCUGUUCACAACGACAGUUUGUUUGCUGUCUUGCGCCGAGUGGUGGGGGAUGAGGACAAGGUACCUGAUGGUAUCAUUUGGUUGCUCGUUUACGAUCUCAAAGCAUUGAUGCAGUUUACCAGAAAGACUUGGAGGAAGUCACGCGCGAACAUGACAGGAGAGAAAGGCUGGCCUGUGUGGGUCCAAGGGCAGGCUGACACGCUCGAUUUGUUUGAAACCAUGAAGCCCUUUGUUGAUGACGACGUCGGGAAGUCAUGGGGGAUCGAUUCAGCCCAAAUCCUUGCUCAGCAGUCUCCGUGCCGGAAAGCCACACCGCCUCCCUCAUCAGCUGCCGAGCUGGGGAUUGAUCCAGAUGAAGAGAAGGAAAAACGAGAAGACAAGGACAUGCCACCUGCUCAGCAGAGACGGCAGGAAAUUUUGAAAGACCUUGAGGGAAAAUUCAUUGAGAUUUUGGAAGACCCGCCAGACCCGCCCCUAGAGCAGCAGUACAACAUGGACAUUUGGGUGGGCGCUCGCCCUGCCGUCAAUUCUGUCAUGCAAGAAGCUGCGCUCACUCCAGAGCCCGAGUUUGACGGCUUGCGGCGAGUGGGACAACAGAACCGAGUUCCAGUUCCAAUUGCAGGAAGCGAGACACAUGAUUUGGCGUCCACGAAUGGGCUGAUCGCUUCAGUAGUGGUCUUGUUGUCAAUUACUUGUGGUGGCCUUUGCCACUUGGGGACGGUUUGCACGAGCUUCAAUUUCAUGAACAGUGGAACCCACAAGAGGUCGAUAGCAUUUCCAUUGGGUUGGCAUCUUUUCCCUUACAUGGAGCUUGGCAAUGUUCUCGGUGCCAGAUCUGCUCUUCUUGCCCUUUUGGCUUGGGCUAUGGGUGCCUUUCCUGUGCUGGAGCAGCCUCUUCGUUCAGUGAUGACUGCAUUGCCUUCGUGGCAAUCAGUUGUGGCCUACUUUCAUGAAGCUGAAUGCGCAGGUUGGAUUGGGCAACGGCUCAAGUUGAACCACGUCAACAUGGCAGCCUUCAAUGCAGCAACUUUAAAGCCUACUGCUUUAUAUUCCACAGAGGCCUUUGACGCUUUGAUGAACAUGAACGCGCCGUGCAAAAGCAAACGGCCCAAACCUCAAGCUCCUACGACAUUGCAGUAUGAGGACACAAGUGGACGGAAAAGAGUGGUUGGAGGCUCUGGGCUCAAGCAGACACAGCUCUACACUGCAGAGUUUGGCAGGGCAAUGGCUUCUUGGUGGGCGGCACAUGGUCCUACAUCAGCAGGGAGGGAAAGGCGACGAUGGUGCCUUCUACAAAGCUCCGAUGUGUCUGUGGACGCAAUGAAGGAGCACAUCGCAACCUACUCUGCACUUCAGCACUUCAACUUCGACGAGGGCCAUUUGGUGAAGGCUUUGCAGGAGCUUCGCAACGCAUGGCGUGGAAAUUAG